AUGCGUCUCCGGGGCGAGGGCUGGCACGAGCUCAGCCACGGAUAUCGACGACUGUGGAUCCAUAUGAUCACACUUCAGUUGCUGAUGUGUCGGAUGUUUCUUAUUCUGCAGACCAUCGAUCCGAGGAGCAGGUACAUUCGGCAGAACAAGGGGGACAUGAGCAUCGACGGGCAAAGAGGAUCGCCAGUCACUCAUCGAUCAUCUAAACAUAAUAACAAGGAGGAGCCAUCAUAUGUUCAUCCAAAGACAAGGUCAGGCAGCACCAUUGUGUCUCCACUGCGAUCUUCUCAUGUCAUGGAGAUUAAUGUUACCAAGCGAGUAAAAGGAGCAACACGUGCUCUUACUUUCUCUCCAAAUUCUCUACAAGUGGAUAUCAAUGGAAUGGAGGGGGAUCAGAUGAUUGGCACGCUUAAUGAUAUGGAGACAACGAUGGAUAUGGACGACGAGAAGCUGGACUAUGGUGAUCAAGAUGAUGACUUAUUGGGGGAAGAGCUUCUGGCGUUGCAGGAGAAGGAGCAAAAGGGUAAGGAGUCUCGCGCGUACUCGGGUGCUUCUAGUGGUUUGACCCGCAGGGAUAAACGAAGCCUUCACACGAGAGGAACAGAUUGA